GGUUUAGUCCGUCGAAGCAGAAUCUGCGGAGAGCCUGCGCGGUGCGCAUCGUGAGAGAGAGAGAGCGAGAGAGCGAGUAUUAUAGCUUCGAGACUGUUCCCCGCCAGCCAGUGUCUUCUCGUAUUUCGGUAAUACGUAAACGCGCGCACACGUGUGUCCCGCUCUCUGUGUUUGCGUGUGUACAUACGUCUGUGACUCGUAUAUAAAUCGUUAUUGUGCUCGACCGGCAGUGAAGUUCGCGGGUGCUAUACUGCAGUCAGCUGUCAGAGAGACAGCAGCAGCGCACGCCUACGUGCGGCGGCAACAGCCUUUUUCUACUGACGAGUGUGAGAGAGGGAGAGAGAGAAGGAGGAAAAUCACCGGAGCCAGCCGCGCUCUCGUGUUAUGUAAGAGCGGUCGGGCCGAAGUGCGUAAUAUAUAACACACACACACACGCACACGGAGGUCGCGAAGAGGGAGAGAGAGAGAGAGAGAGACACGCCUUUUUGGAGCUUCGAUGGUGCGCAACCCGACCAUGGAGCCGUCGUUCUACGAGCAGGAGGUCAUUUACGGCAACGGCCUCAAUCGGAUCGGCGCCGGGCCGAUCGGCAACGAGAUCGGCAGCAUGAAGCGCUGCAACCUCAGCCUGGACCUGAACGGCGCGAGACAGGGCGGUCCCCAGUCGAAGCGGCCGAGGCUCGGCCAGCUGACUCCCGGCAUCACCGGCAUAACUCCGCUCAUCAACUCGCCGGACCUCAUGAAGCUCGGCCUCACCACUCCCGACAUCGAGAGGUUCCUCAACGCCGACGGCAUGAUCCCCAGUGUGCCGACGCCCGUCGGCGGCUACUUCGACAGCAAGCUCGUCACCGAGGACCAGGAGAAGUACGCCCAGGGCUUCGUCGACGCGCUCAACGAGCUCCAGAACUCCGACAGCUCGCAGGAGCCCGGCAGCAUAAACGGCGCCAUCUACACGAAUCUCGAGCCGCCGGGCAGUGUCCAGAGCACCGAGUCCCUGCUCAGCCAGGGUAUGGUGCAGAUCAAGGACGAGCCGCAGACGGUGCCGAGCGUGUCGAGUUCGCCGCCGAUGUCGCCCAUCGACAUGGAGUCCCAGGAGCGCAUCAAGCUCGAGCGGAAGAGGCAGAGGAACCGCGUAGCAGCGUCCAAGUGCCGCAGGCGCAAACUCGAGAGGAUCUCCAGGCUCGAGGACAGGGUUAAGGUGCUGAAGAACGAGAACAGCGACCUCAGCCAGGUUAUCAACAAGCUCAAGGAGAGCAUCAGCAGGCUGAAGGAGCAGGUGAUCGACCACGUCAACUCCGGCUGUCAGAUCGGCACGAUGCCCCAGCUGUUUUGAGCCGAGGAUGCUGAUGAUCGGCUGGACUUUGUCCUGCUGAUCGGCGCUCCCCUGCUCCCUGAAGGAACACCGUGUUGUAAAGUGACUCUGCGAGUGCUGUACUUAUAGAGACGACGCGCGUGAAUAGUUGUGUUUCGAUGUAUAGGGAGUCGGAAGGGACGCCAUGUUGGAGAACGCGGCCGGCGGGAAAUUCGAAUUUCACGCGCCCGGACCCAGGACUGUACUGUGUACAUUGUAUAUUUAUACAUAAUUAUGAAUACUGUAUAUUGACGUGGCGCGCCGGCAGUCGCGGCUCCGCUUCUUUCUGUAUUAGAUUAUCCUUGGAAGGUGUUCGCGCUACUGCCGGCGCAAAGCUUGCGCGCUGUUAUACGCUAUAGUGCUCUUCAUUAAGUAUAUGCGCUAUUUUCUUUUCUAACGAUAAGUUAUCUCUACUCGGUUUAUUAUGUCGCCUAUUCUCCACGUACACGUACACGGACACACGAUACAUACGCCAAAAUGCUAACUUUUCUUCUUCUUUGUAACCGCGCGCGCACGUGCAUCUAGUCCCCGGAACUUUGCGCGUCGCGCCCCACGUUGAGUAUAAUCGGAUAGCGGAGGCGAAUUGCGAAUUUUUUAGAAUCUCGUUGAAAAUUUCGUAUUUUUUUGAAAAGCUACACUAUACUAAUACACACACUUGAUAGUCUUUCCCGCGCAAUUAACCUACUGCAAUGAGGUGCAAUUUUUCAUGUAACCGAGAAACAGCUAACGCUCGCGGGAUACAGUUGAGUGAUUUUUUACUUUUUUUUGAGAAUGCCAAAUAUGUAUGGUAAAAACGAUAAUAUAUAUAUAUAUAUUGUAUACAUAAUAACGCGUAAGGAAAAGUAUAUUUAUUUAUUGCAAUAAUACAUGACGCUCUUGUAUGAUAUGCGCGCGGCGUCGUGUGGACGAUGUGUAUUUUGAGAUUAUAUUACAUAGAAAGGAAGGAUAAAAAGUCGCUCAAGGUGAAUCCCUCAAAGCUAUGAAAUAUGUACUACUCUCUGACUCUAAACAUUGCCUAAACGAUUACGUUUAUUAAAUGUAAGGAUACCAUUUUUUAUAUGUAGCAACGCCAUUUUGCGAUUUUUAAACUAAAAACACGAGAUACUAAUACAUAAAUGAGGGAAAAAGAAAAUCGUUCCGCGAUCUCUCCCUCUUUCAUUGUUUCUUGUGUACAUAGGAACUUUGUAACUUUUUAACAUUUCUCGUGUAAACCAUAUGCUCCUUUCGAUAGGUUCUUGUCGUUGUUGUUGCAAUAUGGCGAUGCUGACUCUUCGUUGUUCGAAAUAAAAAUUUCGAUUUUGUACGCGAACGCGUAUACUUUUUCUAAAUAAUAUAUAUUGUCAAAGCUGCGAACAAUAAUCAUUGUGCAAAGUCCGAUGCGGAAAAGAGCCUAGCUAGCGUAUAAAGUGAAAAUUCUUAUAUUCAGUUUUCUUCGUAUGAAGUGUAAUUCGUUCGUUUUUUGUCCGUUCUUUUCAAGAAAGUCUAUACGCGUGCUUCGUUAACAGACUUUCUGGGCAAGCAAUUCACUGCACAGUGUGCCUUUUUAAGAAAAAAAUUUAAACGAGCAAUCGGCGUCGCAACGUCGCGCCGAUUUUGCUGAUCGUUUCCCUCUCUACCCCCAACCGCAUCUUU